AUGAGCGACUUAGAACAUGACAUGAAACAUGUCGAGAGUCCAAAAGUUCAGAGUCUGUAUAAACCUCGUUUACUCGAACUUAAAGGCUCAGUUUUACCAAAUGUUAUUGGUCCUUCUAUAAUAAUCACCUUAUUCUCUGCCGGCAUAGUCACUCUAUAUGAAUUCAAUCAAUUAAAUCUUAGACGUAAACUGUGGGCUACUAUGGUAAUGGCAAUACGCAAUUUCACAAGAUUUAUAUGGGUACACAUAGACGACAAUGACACCACCGCUGAUAUAAAGCAAAGAAAGCCAAUAGAGCAAAUAAAGCAAGAGAAAAAAACCGCAAUCAGUUUAUUAACAGGAUUUGCAGUUGCAACAAAACAUUUUUUACGUGAUGAGGACAGUUUUCUAUAUGAAGAUUUUAGGCACUUGAUUUCCAAAUUGCCUGGAUUCGAUCAAAAAACAACAGAUCCAACUAGAAAAAAACCAACAUUACGGGAUCAAUUGUUACACAGGACAUCAAAACCUCAUUUGAGAGCUUGUAAAGAAAGUUGCUUUGCAAAACACAACAUACCAUUUGAAAUCUGUCUUUACCUAUCAUCUUACGUUCACAGCAAUACUAAUAGAAUCACUGUUCCAGUUGCCACAAAUAUGCAUAAUUGUAUCAAUACCAUGGUGAAUUGUUUAUCACAAUUUGAAAGAGUGUCGAGAAGUCCAAUUCCUCUUGCCUAUUCUAUUCAUUUGGAUCAGACUGUCUGGAUAUAUUGUUUGUCAUUACCUUUUCAAUUGAUGGGUACGGCUCAUUGGGCAACUAUUCCUAUUGUAUUCUUUGCUUGUGUAGUUUUGCUUGGUAUUGAAAGAAUAGGCGCCGAGAUUGAGAAUCCAUUUGAACUUGAUAUAAUUACUUCACAUUCUGUUCCAGCAAUGGAAAAUUGGGUAAUUGCUGAUGAAAAUCAACAAACAAGUGCAUCGGAUGCUAAAAAUUUACCAACAGGAGAAGUUAGAUCUUUACUUUCAAUUAUUGAGAAAAACGAAAGUUUUGAUAGCAAUAAAAGAAUUUCUAUAACUAUUGAUAAAGAAAGUGAAAAAGCUGAGAAUGGUG